CGGAAGUAGCUGUCACUUACUUGGCGUGCUGUUGUGGGAUGAUGCAGAUGAGCUGAAAACUGUUUAAAAUGACACCAAAACAAGCAUGAAAACUGAUUAAAAGUGCUUUUUCUGUGAGCAGCGAUGAAGACCGUGUUUGUGACGGUCGGCACCACGAGCUUUGAUGAGCUCAUUGAAAACGUGACGUCGUCUGAAGCUGCUCAGGCUUUAAAAUCUCGUGGAUAUGAGCGUUUGGUUCUUCAGGUUGGAAGAGGAUCUAUUCUUCCAGAUGCUGACAGCUGUCCACACAUCAGACUGGAGGCUUUUCGAUUCAAAGACUCGAUAGCGGAGGACAUGAAGCGAGCUGACCUCGUUAUUAGUCAUGCAGGGGCAGGAAGCUGCUUGGAGGCCCUCGGUGCAAACAAGCCUCUGCUAGUCGUUGUCAAUGACAAGCUGAUGGACAACCACCAGCUGGAGCUGGCCAGACAGCUACACAUGGACUCCCACUUGCUUUACUGCACCUGCAGCACCUUGACAGAAACACUGAGGACCAUGGAUCUGUCUCUUCUUCAGCCUUUUCCGCCUGGACAGCCGAAGAAUUUUGCAAACUUUCUCGACAAAGCCCUCGGCAUCCAGUGAAACUUUAAUUUGAACAGGACUGCUUAUGUUCUUAAACUGAAUUCAACAAUAUCAUGUUGAUACAUGGUUUAUACAUUAUGAUUGUACAGUACACAGCUGUUUAACAUGAUUUAUUCUAUUUUUAUACCCAGUGGGUAUUUGUUAAUAAUACAUUCUGAACUUCGCUGACAUUUGGUUGUUUUUUCAGGUGUGACAUGCUGAAUAGCUCCAAACCACAGUGUCCAUUUUAAAGGAGGAAGUUUUGGCCCUUACUGUUUAUAUUUAAAGUAGAAUCUUCUCUUCUCUACUUUUUCAACUAAGUCAAACCUAAAUCUGCAUAACGUCAGGAGAAACAGGAGCAUUUUAAAAUGUUUUCUUAGCUCAGAUAAGAGGCACCACCUUCCGCUUAAGUGAUCAGUGUAUGAGAGGCCGUCAUAAAUCAUCUGACCUGCAGAGAAGAGUCAUACUGUGUUUGUAUUAGGAGCUGAAAUCCUCAAUGAAGUUCUGUUGAGAUAUUUUUAAUUUAUUUUGAAGACAGAGAUCAAAUCUUUUUUUCAGCUUUGUGGAGCGACCGACUCAUCAAGAAAAAGUUUGUUUGUAGAGAAUGUACUGCUGUUGCUCUAAUGCUGCUGAUUCAUGAUGUCUUUACGCAACACUUUCUUCAUAUGGAGAGGUUUUGUUUUACAGGAAAUGAUGGGUGAACAGCAGCACGUAGUCAAGUUCUGCUCUAAGCUGAGUUUAGACUCACAGCAGGAAACAUUUUUGUCCACUUUAUACCACAGAGUAAAAGUCAGAAGGUUUCAGCAGCCACUUUGAUUAACUUAACAAAUUGCUGUGUUCAUCUGAUAACGGGCAGCUAGUCAAACAAGCUAACACUGAU